AAUAACGAAUAUACUAAUAUCGUGCCAACGAGGACAUGUCGACACUGCAAUACUUUCUCUCUUUCUUGGUUUCAUUUUCGAGCAUUCUGAUCCCAAAUAUUUGCCAUGAAUUAGAUCACCGAUUGCCCAAAAAUCAUGUUGCCUUUUUCAUCUUUGGAGAUUCACUCUUUGAUGCUGGAAUGAAUAACUACAUCAACACCACUGCCGACUUUCAAGCAAAUUUCUGGCCUUACGGGGAAACUUUCUUCAACUACCCCACCGGCAGGUUUUCCGACGGGCGUUUAAUGCCGGAUUUUAUUGCUGAGUAUGCAAAAUUACCACUGAUUCCAACAUAUCUUCCAUAUAAGAAUCGGCCAUUUGUUUAUGGGGCCAACUUUGCAUCCGGAGGAGCUGGUGCUCUAGUUGAAAGUCAUCAAGGAUAUGUUGUAGACCUUGAAACUCAGCUGAGUUAUUUCAGUACUGUGGAGAAGAGGUUGAAAAAGAAACUAGGUGAUGCAGAAGCCAAAACAUUGCUAUCCAAAUCUGUAUAUUUGUUUAGUGUUGGAGGCAAUGACUACCUUGUUCUUUUCGACUCAAACUCAACUUACAAAUAUGUGCUUAAAUCGUACAAAUCAAAGAAAGAAUAUGUAGGAAUGGUGAUUGGCAACCUCACAAGUGCUAUCAAAGAAAUAUAUAUGCAAGGAGGAAGGAAAUUUGCUUUUGUCAAUAUGUUGCCUUUAGGUUGUCUUCCAGGAGUGAAGAUACUUGUACCAGGGAACUCAGGAUCUUGCCUGGAGGCUGCUUUAGAGAUGGCAAGAUUACACAAUAAAGAACUUCAUAAAGCCCUCAAGGACCUAAAAAGCCAACUAGAUGGAUUCAAAUAUGCGAAUCACGAUUUGUACAAAUCUUUAGGUGAAAGAAUCAACAACCCUUCAGGAUAUGGAUUGAAAAAGGCCACAGCAUGUUGUGGAAUUGGUCCCGGAAGAGGAAACAAUACCUGUGGGGGUAAGAGAGCAAAUAAAGUGUAUCAAUUAUGUGAGGAUCCUGGUGAUUAUUUGUUCUUUGACUCUCUUCAUCCCUGUGAGAAGGCCAACCGACAAACAGCAGAAUUAUUGUGGAGUGGAAUUCCAGCUGUCACAGGGGCUUAUAAUCUUAAGCAAUUAUUUGAGCUUACAUAGCUCAAUUAAUGUAGUUUUCAAGAAGUAGGUAGGUUCAUGAAUAUUGAAUAAGGUCCGUAGAUCAUUGGAUAAGGAUUGUAAUAAGCUAAUUGUAUAAUUUGAACAUUAUCAGCAAUAAGGUCAGCACUGACUUGUUGAUGAUGAAGGGAUUUAAUUUUAAAAUAAUAACACAGUUUGAUGCCCAAAA